AUUCCCCGCGUAGCGCAUGCUAGUCGCGAGUUGAAAGUCUGGUUGGCCGUUGACAUCUAGUAGGCGCCUGGUCGCCUCAGGAGGCUUGAUCGACUGAAGAAACUAUCCAUGGACCCAAUCAUCAAGUUGUGUACUAUAUGGCUACCUCCAUAACUGCCGCCAAGGCCUAACGCAGAGCGAUGGCUCCCCCAGCACUGCCUCGAUCGGCCCUCUAGUUGCACCUCUAGUUGCAUCGUAUAGAAUGUGGAUGGACUAGCAGCAGGCUUCACUUUGCGCACGGCCCGCUGCGAGGCGCGUCAAGGAGCAUUGCAAUUGCCACGCCACGAUGGCUGCACGCACGUUUAGCACCGUUGCUGCUUGGUCCGCGCUCCUCCUGAUACUGGCAGCAACCUGCGGAGUGCAGGCGCGGCCUCAGUACUGGGCCGAUCCUGUGUGGCGCCUGGUCCCUGAGCUGCCUCCCUGCACCGCACACCCGGAGCGCAACUAUGCCGAGCUAUACGCCCCGCACGGCGCCCCCAUACCUGACAGCACCGUCGUCUUUACCCUGUACGGCACGGACAACACCACUGUCACCAGCGCCGUGUGCCCAGGCGAGACGCACGUGCUCCAGGUCAGCUUCCCGCAGCGCCGCCUGGCGCUGCUAACUGCCUCCCGGGGCGCCAUCGUGCCCCACGCCGGCUCCAUCAGCCGCGUGCUGGACCCCAACUGUCCCCAGCGUGUGGACCUUGGUGACUCCUAUUAUCUAAAUAACUCCUUCAAAGUCGACUACACGCUGCCCUGCAACGCCACAGAUGCACAGGCCAUCCUGUUCAAGGUGACAUCUGCUCCUGGCGCCCAACAGUGGCGGCAGGGCAAUGUGACUAUAAUCGUGGACCCGGCCUGCGCAGCGGUGGCCUGCGAUUUCCGUGGAGGCAAUGCCAGCCCCAGCCCGCGUCCCCCCACCUCCGUGCCUCGCGGUUCUCCGCCGCCACCCAGCUACGGGUAUGGUGGCUACGGCAACUACGGAGGUUACGGCGGCUACGGCGGCUAUGGGCACGGUGGUUAUGGUGGCUACGGCCACGGUGGAUAUGGUUAUGGUGGAUACGGUUAUGGUGGCUACGGCCACGGUGGAUAUGGUUAUGGUGGAUACGGUUAUGGUGGAUACGGUUACGGGGGCUAUGGAUAUGUGUGAACUUACGGACCUGCCUGAUCAUGAGAGCAUCCCGUGUAUUACUACUGCGUUGUACGGUACAUAUCACGCGUCCGGGCGUCGUGACCGUUCCUUUGUCACACUGCUGUUGCUAGGUGUUUAAGGAUGCCCGAUGGAGGUUGCGGUGUGGGUAGAACGAAGUCCCAAUAGGACACGUAGAGCACUUCUGAAUCAGGAGGCUGCGUGUAUACUCGCAUUUGCGCUGCUGACUGGUUUCCUCCUGUGCUGCCUGCUCGCUCCGACAGCCUCUUCGCACCAUGCGCAUUCAUAUUUUAACGCAUCGCCAAUGAUGCGUACGGGCCUACCUGGUGAUAAAGCGCUGUGCGGGCCAUUAGCUAGCACGCGGUCUGGCUGGAAGCUGAUGCACCUGUGAGGCCAUCCAAUCUCCAGGAGUC